AUGGGAACAUGGUUGUGUUUAGGAGAAGCACGUGGCAAUGCUUCUCUAGCUUUGAGAAUUUACCGGGAAAGAUUUCCUAAUGUGCAUCAUCCAGGAGACUCUCGAACCAUUACUGCUGCGUUUCAACGACUGUUGGAGAAUCAACCGAUCGUUCCGGUGGCGGUCGGCGGUGGGCGACCAAUAGACAUUGCAGCCGAGGAGCGUAUUCUCGAUGUGAUCCAACGCAACCCCCGUUUGGGCACGAGGACAGCUGCGAAGUUACUGCAGCGGCCAAAUGGCCCCUCAGUUUCGCAUUGGACGGUGUACAAAGUUUUGCGAAGAAACAGAAUGCGGCCUUACAAAAUUCAUAAAGUGCAAGCUUUGAUACCCGAAGACCUACCCCGUCGUCGCACUUUCUGCCGUUGGUUGUUGGAUCAACAACAGCGUCUUCCAGGAUUUAUUCAGCAUGUUAUCUGGACAGAUGAAUCUACAUUCACAAGGAACGGCAUGUGGAAUAGACGAAAUUCACAUUUAUGUUCUGAAACCAAUCCACGUGCCACUCAAGAGACUGGCCACCAAACCCGAUGGUUCAUUAAUGAGAGCCUUGAUGAAAUUCUUGAAGGCAUAUCAUUAGCUGAGCUAAGAAGGGCUUGGUUUCAACACGAUGGCGCAACGCCGCAUGUGGUACGGCUGGUACGUGAGCGUCUCACUGAACUAUUUGGUGACCGUUGGAUCGGGCGAUUAGGACCGCAAGCCUGGCCACCACGAUCUCCUGAUUUGACACCUUUGGACUUUUUUUUGUGGGGUUGUGUUAAAGAAAAAGUGUUCAAUAGAGUUUGUGACAGUGCUGAGGAAAUGCGGGCAAGAAUUGUGAGUGCAUUCGAGACAAUAAGAACGAGUUGUAUCGAGGACUCAACUCUCAUGCCUCGACUUCACGAAGAGACGCGGCGACGGGCUCGAAUUUGUGUUGAGAUGAAUGGGGCACAAUUCGAGCCACACUUUUCGGAAAACAGUAGUGACAACAUCACGAUAGCUACAGUUGAUUGGGUGGUGAAAAAAUAUCUUCCCUUCUCAUUUUUCGAUGACGAAGCUACACAAGUAUAUUUUCGACGUAUUUUCCCGAAUAUGGUGUUUCCUAAAAGGUCCACCCUUAGAAGGAAAGUCAAAGAGCGAUUUGAAGGGCUCCAAUUGAAUCUCAAGGAACGACUUCAACAAUUAUCAUCUAAAAUGUCGCUUACCAUUGAUGGGUGGACGUUAAUUGCUGGUAGGAGUUACUACGGGGUUACUAUGCAUUGUAUAGACAACGAAUGGAAGUAUCGAUCUGUAGUUCUUGAUUUUAUACCACCACGCGGUCGACAUACUGGGGAAGAUAUUGCAACGGUUUUCCACGAAUGUUUAUUGGAAUAUGACAUAAUUGAUAAAAUACAAGGUAUCACGGUCGACAACGCAACUGCAAAUACCAAAUUUAUGAAUGAACUAGGCAAACAGCUGCCACCAUACUUUGAUUCAGACAAUCAACAUUUCCGGUGCUUUGCUUACAUUUUAAACCUUGGUGUACAAGAUUUAUUAAAGACCUUAGCAUUACACUGUGAGACUGACACUAACGCGCAAGAUCAGCAGUAUGAAGACUAUGCAGACGAAACUGAUAAAAUAAAAAGAAGUGAAAUAGUGAAGAAGAAGUUUCAGUCUGCUUGUGAAGCAGCUGGCGUGCCAUCAAAUCUGAAUCCCAUUCUUGACUGUCCAACGAGAUGGAAUUCCACACAUGAUAUGAUUGGAUUUGGUUUAAAAGUGAGAGCGGGCAUUAACAUAUUGUGCAGUUCUAUCACCGAAUUGAAUGAUUUUCAAAUCACAGCUAGUGAAUGGCAAAUACUCGAAAAAAUACAUAAGUUUCUAAUAAACUUUAAACUUUUAAGCACAAAACUUGGUGGAGAAAAAUAUGUUAUAUUACCGCUAUUCAUUGUAUCAUUCAAUCUCUUGCUCGAUAAAAUUGAAUCCAUGGUAAAACAGUUAGAUGAGAAACCUAAUCGAUCUGAAGUGGAUGAAAGGCUCAUUCUGGCUGCAGUUCGAGACAAAAUGCUUAAAUAUUAUAAGAAGAAAAGCCUGCGCAAGUUCAAUGAACUUUAUGAAGAAUACUACAGUCUACACUCACUGAACAAAUCUCUGAAAUUACCAAGAAAAGAAAAUAAGGUAUGUGAUGAAGAUAAAGACGUAAUAAACUUUGAUAAACUCUAUGAAUGUCCCUCGACGUCAUCUGGAUCUUGUCUUCAAGGCUUAGUGAUAGACGAGUUGGAGGAGUACCUGAGAAAACCAAGAGCUGCCAGCUCGGAAGACAUUUUAGAUUGGUGGAGGACGCAUGAGACAGAGGGUUGUAAAUACAGUAGUUUCAAGUAUAAAAAUUCUUUUACGGUAUUCCUGAUCAUUCCUUGGGUCUCACGAACUCGAGAAAUGGUUGAGAGAGAAAAGCGGUAUUUGAAUGCGGACAAAACUUUUCGUCGUCGUCAUAUGUACAGAACUGCAAAUUUGUUUGAAGAUAUACUAUGCAAGCGAGUUGGAAACAUGUUUAACCUGCCUGCAUAG